AUGUUGCAGAGUAUCACUGACGAGGAGCACCGUUUAGAGCGUUCAGAUCACGAGCCAACAGUGGGCGUUUGGAUUGGAGUUGAGGCACUGCUUGUUGAAGCAUAUUUUAUGACGAAGCACUCAGAUCUGCAACUAGCGCCAGGUGCAUCUGAUGGACCGCUUCGGUGGCAUGUGAUGCACGCAGAUAUGACAGUUCACCAAGAGGGGCUCAUCUCUUGCGGUCCCGAACUCGUGUGCGGUGAUGCUCCGCUCAAUCUCGAGAUCGAACGUGAGGCUCGAAUUGUGUCAAUCAGUAAUACAGUGUCAAGCCUCGACCUCACCUCGUCAAGUCCGAUGCAGCCUCUGUAUCACUAUGUCAAGCACCAACCGUGCCAUAUCAAGCUCACUCAGGCUGGGUUAGCACCGCCUACACCACGACAAGUUGUACAAGGAUUCCUCGACCUCGGACUUUGCAAAGGUUCAAAAGACGAGAUUCUCUCUGGUCAGCUCAAUCUUUUUCCCUUAUGGAAUUGGACAUUUGCUGAGGAUGGGUGCGCACGAUGUCCCAAGUGCAAGUAA